AUGCCGAAGUGCAGUUUGCAUAGACGCUUCAAGCAUGGAGAUAUACGAAGGCAUUCGAGUGUCAUAAAACUCCAUCUAAGUGAAGAAGAUAAAAAAGCUCGUCAGCAAUUUUGCAUAUCAAUGAUUGAAGGUAGUAGUAUACCACGUGAUCCAAUUUUCAAGAACAUGUUUAACAUCGUCCUCAUUGACGAAAAGUGGUUUUACAUGACAAAAAAGUCUCAGUGCUACUACCUGCUAUCGGACGAAGAUGAGCCACUGCGAACUUGUAAGAGCAAAAAUUUCAUCGCAAAAGUGAUGUUUUUAGUUGCUUUAGCUCGUCCGAGGUUUGACAAUGAAGGAAAGGAAUUGUUCUCUGGGAAGAUUGGUUUAUGGGCGUUUGUCAAGCGAGAACCAGCCAAAAGAGCAAGCGCCAAUAGACCUGCAGGCAUAAUGGAGACAAAGGCAUUAACCUCGGUAAAUAGAGACAUUUCACGGUCAUACUUUAUCGAGAAGGUCAUUCCUUCCAUCAAAGCAAAAUGGCUAAGAGAGGACAUAGGCUCUCCAAUAUUUAUUCAACAAGAUAAUGCGAGAACACACAUUUGUCUUGAUGAUGAAGAAUUUCGUCAAGUAGCCACUCAAGACGGGUUCGAUAUUCGUCUAAUGUGUCAACCUCCAAACUCUCCCGAUUUAAAUAUUUUGGACCUUGGAUUUUUCAGGGCCAUUCAAUCCUUACAACACAAGGAGGCACCUAAAACAAUUGACGAGCUUAUUGAUGCUGUUGUGAAUGUGUAUGAAUCUUUUCUAUCAAUCAGGUCCAAUCACAUCUUUUUAACAUUACAAUCAUGCAUGGUAGAGAUCAUGAAAGAAAAAGGCUCAAAAAAGUACCAAACUCCACAUAUGAAGAAAGAGAUGUUGGAGAAGGAAGGUCAACUUCCUAUUCAACUAAAGUGUGAUCCCGAUUUAGUAGAAGAAACUCUCAGAUAUUUAGGUUCAGUUUAG